GCGCCUGCGCCUGUGGUCGAGGAUGGGUUGGUGGCGGGUCCGGGUUUGCCGGCUGGCGCUGUGGGCGGCGGGCGAUGGUUGGACUGAUUGAGCCGGGCCGGGUUGGGCCGCACAGCUGGAGGAGGUGGCCGUGAGCGGCGGCGGAGGUUGCGGGGUUCGAUUUGGCUGACUGAGGAGUCGGCAGCUUCCGAUCUUGCAGUUGGAUCCUCUUGAGCGGAGCUCCAGGGUGUGCAUCAUCUUGGAUUUCCUGUGCAACCACGUGGUGGAAUGAGCCAUGCGGGGCCAGCGGAGCCUGCUGCUGGGCCCCGCCCGCCUCUGCCUGCGCCUGCUUCUGCUCCUGGGCUACAGGCGCCGCCGCCCACCUCUGCUCCGGGGCCUGGUACAGCGCUGGCGCUAUGGCAAGGUCUGCCUGCGCUCCCUGCUCUUCAACUCCUUUGGUAGCAGUGACGCUGCUAUCGAUGCUGCCUUUGAGCCCAUCUACUGGCUGGUGGACAACAUGAUCCGCUGGUGUGGGGUGGUGUUUGUGGUGCUGGUGAUCGUGCUGACCAGUUCCAUUGUGGCCAUUGCCUACCUAUGUGUCCUGCCCCUCAUCCUCCGAACCUACUCAGUGCCCCGACUCUGCUGGCAUUUCUUCUAUAGUCACUGGAAUCUGAUCCUCAUCGUCUUCCAUUACUACCAGGCCAUCACCACUCCACCUGGAUACCCACCCCAGGGCCGGACUGAUAUCGCAACAGUCUCCAUCUGUAAGAAGUGCAUUUACCCCAAGCCAGCUCGAACACACCACUGCAGCAUCUGUAACAGGUGUGUGCUGAAGAUGGAUCAUCACUGCCCCUGGCUAAACAACUGUGUGGGCCACUAUAACCAUCGGUACUUCUUCUCUUUCUGCUUUUUCAUGACUCUGGGCUGUGUCUACUGCAGCUACGGAAGUUGGGACCUUUUCCGGGAGGCUUAUGCUGCCAUCGAGAAAAUGAAACAGCUCGACAAGAACAAACUGCAGGCGGUUACCAACCAGACUUAUCACCAGACCCCACCACCCACCUUCUCCUUCCGAGAAAGGGUAACGCACAAGAGUCUUGUCUACCUCUGGUUCCUGUGCAGUUCUGUGGCACUUGCCCUGGGUGCCCUAACUGUAUGGCACGCUGUUCUCAUCAGUCGAGGUGAAACUAGUAUCGAAAGGCUCACCAACAGGAAGGAGAGCUGUCGGCUGCGGGCCAAGGGCAAAGUUUUUAGGAAUCAUUACAACUAUGGCUGCUUGGACAACUGGAAAGUAUUCCUGGGUGUGGACACAGGAAGGCACUGGCUUACUCGGGUGCUGUUACCUUCCAGUCACCUGCCCCAUGGGAACGGAAUGAGCUGGGACCCCCCUCCCUGGGUGACCGCUCACUCAACCUCUGUGAUGGCAGUGUGAGCUGGAUUAUGUCAGCCACAACGUGAGCAUCACUCUGCUUCCUGUGUUGUCUCAACGGCCUCCAAGGGUAGCUUCUUGGAAUCCCCUUGAGCAUAAAGAACCAGUGGGCCUGCCUUAGGGUACCAUGCAGGGACAGCUCAAGGACCCAUCUCCUGGCCACUGCAGAAGCAAGGCACCAUGUGGGAAAAUCCUAGGACUGAUGUCCCUUUACUCAGGCAAACAGACGCUCCAGCCCCAGCCUGGAGAUUAGGCAGCUAGCAACCUUGCCAGGUGCUGACCCCCACCCUCCUCCAGGUCACAGCACUGGGGUUGGCCACCACCUCUUCCACUUGCUGUCUGAGAAAACACCUGAAUGGUAGAGCUGAGAUCCUGGCUUCUCAACAGGGCAAAGAUACCAGGCCUACUGCUGAGGUCACUGCCACUUCUCACAUGCUGCUGAAGGGAGCAAAAAUAAAGGUAUUUGAUUUUUAAAGGUA